AGUUAGUAAAGGCAGUUUGGCACAGAUCGUAACCCAGAAAAUGGAAUUUGCAAGGCUUUCUUCAAAACUGUUGAUUUGAUGGCAAAGGUUGAUAAAAUCUUCCUACAAUGAGAAUCAGUACUUUCUUCUCUGCGAGGUACAAGUAUGUGUACUCGGCAUAUAGCACCCUGGACAUGGGCCUGUGUAGUAUGAUUGGGCUUAGUACUCCUCUUUUUGGCAACGAAUUCAUUGUAUCAAACCGGAUUUACCUAAAACAAACCCGCAUCACGAAUGGGAACCGAGUGUGGAAUGUAGAUAACGAGAUGAUCACAGAUACGAGUUGUCGAGCGGCCGCACAGAGGAGACGAGAAGCCCAGGUGUAGACAUUUGGAAAUGGAACUUCUGAGAGUGCUUGUGCGGGCGAGAGCGUUGACGAAAGAGUAAGAACUAGACCUGUACGGCAAUGUUCAGGCACUGUCAACGAUCAACUAGUAUGGCACUGCCUUCGGUAUA